AUGAGUAUGACUGUUGGAUUUGUACUACUGUCCCCUCUUUGGGGGAGGACCUUUUUUAUUCUUCUAUUAAUGAUUGCUUCAGCUCAGUCUCACUGGCCCAGUGAACCCUCUGAAGUUGUAAGGGACUGGGAAAACCAGUUAGAAGCAUCAAUGCAUUCAGUGCUUUCUGAUCUUCGAGAGACUAUCCCAGCUGUUGUGGGCAUUCCAGAUGGUAUAGCUGUAGUAGGUCGCUCAUUUCGAGUUGCCAUUCCAACAGAUUUAAUUGCUUCCAAUGGAGAAAUAAUUAAGAUAUCAGAAGCUGGGAAAGAAGUUUUGCCCUCUUGGCUACACUGGGACCCAGAGAGCCGUCUGCUAGAAGGUCUUCCCCUUAAUACAGACAAAGGUGUACAUUACAUUUCUGUCAAUGCCAUGCAGCUGGCAGCCAAUGGAAGUUAUGUGCCCCAAGCAAUGAAUGUUUUCUCUAUUGAAGUGUAUCCUGAAGAUCACAGUGAGCCACAGUCAGUAAGAGUUGCAUCACAAGAUGUUAAUGAAGCUGCUCCAUUUGUGUGUGGGGCUGAUGAACCAGUGACUAUCCUGACUGUAAUUUUGGAUGCCGAUCUCACAAAAAUGACACCAAAGCAGAGGGUCGAGCUCUUAAAUAGAAUGAAACGUUUCUCGGAAGUAGAACUGCAUAAUAUGAAAUUGGUUCCAGUUGUAAAUAACAGACUAUUUGACAUGUCAGCCUUCAUGGCAGGCCCAGGAAACGCAAAAAAAGUAGUAGAAAAUGGAGCCUUACUUUCAUGGAAGCUAGGUUGUUCUUUGAACCAAAACAGUGUCCCUAACAUUAGUAGUGUUGAAACUCCAGCUAAAGAAGGUACAAUGUCUGCUCAGCUUGGCUAUCCUGUUGUAGGCUGGCAUAUUGCUAAUAAGAAACCCCAUUUUCCAAAACGGAUAAGGAGACAGAUUAAUGCAACACCCACACCAGUCACUGCCAUUGGACCACCUACAACAGCUCUCCAAGAACCACCAUCUAGGAUUGUUCCUACACCCACCUCCCCAGCCAUUGCACCUCCUACAGAAACUGCAGCUCCUCCAGUACGAGAUCCUGUUCCUGGAAAACCAGCAGUUACUAUUCGAACACGAGGUGCAAUUGUUCAGACCCCAACUCUGGGACCAAUACAGCCUACCAGAGUAUCCGAUAUAGGCACUACGGUCCCUGGCCAGAUUCGGCCAACAACAAUUCCAGGCUACAUAGAACCUACUGCUGUUAUUACCCCUCCUACCACCACCACUAAGAAACCAAGAAUAACUACUUUGAAACCAGCCACGCCUUCAACCACAGACUCCUCAACAGCUACAACCCGAAAGCCUACCAAAAAACCACGAACUUCGAAGCCAGUACCCAGGGUCACAACCAAAGCACCUCUCACCAGAUUGGAAACAGCUUCUCCACCAACUCGAAUCCGAACCACAACGAGUGGCACAACUCGAGGGGGUGAGCCCAACAAGCCUCCCACACUCAAAAACCACAUUGACAGGGUGGAUGCAUGGGUGGGUACUUACUUUGAAGUGAAAAUCCCAUUAGAUACUUUCUAUGAUGAGGAGGACACGACUACUGACAAGCUGAAGCUGACUCUGAAGCUCAGGGAGCAGCAGAUGGUAGGGGAGAAGUCUUGGGUCCAAUUUAAUAGCAAUAGUCAGCUGAUGUAUGGGCUUCCUGACAAUAGUCACCUGGGCAAGCAUGAGUACUUCAUGCAUGCAACAGAUAAAGGUGGCCUCUCAGCUGUGGAUGCCUUUGAAAUCCAUGUACACAAGCGUCCACAGGGAGAUAGGUCUCCAGCCAAAUUUAAGGCAAAAUUCACAGGUGAUCCUGCUUCAGUGGUCAAUGACAUUCAUAAAAAAAUCACAUUGGUAAAGAAACUGGCUCUUGCCUUUGGGGACCGCAAUAGCAGUACUAUCACCUUACAGAACAUCACAAAGGGCUCUAUUGUGGUGGAGUGGACAAAUAAUACUCUGCCUCUGGAUCCCUGCCCCAAGGAACAGAUCCGAGGGUUGAGCAAAAGAAUCUCGGAUGAUGAUGGAAAACCUCGUCCCAUUUUCUCUAAUACCCUGGAGCCUGAUUUUAAGGCUGUGAGCAUUUCUGUGACAGGAUCAGGCAGCUGUAGACACAUUCAGUUUAUUCCUGUUACAGCAGACAGAAGGAUACCUUCAGAAGCUCCCCCUACAGUCGUGACUGAGAAAGACCCUGAAAAGAGCAGUGAGGAUGAUGUCUACCUACACACAGUCAUUCCUGCUGUGGUGGUAGCUGCUAUCCUUCUCAUUGCUGGUAUCAUUGCUAUGAUCUGUUAUCGAAAGAAAAGGAAAGGAAAGCUCACAAUUGAAGACCAAGCAACUUUCAUCAAAAAAGGCGUGCCAAUCAUCUUUGCUGACGAACUGGAUGACUCUAAGCCACCCCCUUCCUCCAGCAUGCCUCUCAUCCUACAAGAGGAAAAGGCUCCUCUCCCCCCUCCAGAAUAUCCAAAUCAGAACAUGCCAGAGACCACUCCAUUGAACCAGGAUACCAUUGGAGAAUAUACUCCCUUAAGGGAUGAAGACCCUAAUGCACCUCCUUAUCAGCCCCCCCCACCCUUCACAGCCCCUAUGGAGGGAAAAGGCUCACGCCCGAAGAACAUGACCCCUUACAGGUCUCCACCUCCAUAUGUUCCCCCUUAACAGCAAGUCUUGGGCUUUGAGGGAAGGGGCCUGGAGAUCCAUACCAGUGUUGUUGAUAGGGAUUGAUGGCCCACAGUUCAUUGCCAACCAGAAAUCAACACUUGACCCCAAACACACACCCAUAUACAGGGCCUGAAAAAAACCCUCCCUCUCUGGUUCUUUUAUACCACCCCAAAGUGGCCUGGUGAACUUUGGGGGAGUUUUUUUCUUUUUUUCUUUUUCUUUUUUCUUUCCUUUUUUUUUUCCCUAAUAGCUUUUGUUUGUUCAUAGAGAAUUCUUCGCUGAGUAUUUCUGAUGGCCAGCUUCUGAAAGCACCAAUGGGCACAGAGCGCAGAAUGAAUGGAUGGACGGACUCGCAGAUGGCACUGGGCUGGACAUUCCAUCCCUGGUGUACUCUGUUUGCCUUUAACACUAACUGUACUGUUUUUGUUUUUUUUCUAUUCACGUGUGUCUAGCUGCAGGAUGUAACAUGGAAAACGUAGCCUAAAGAUUAAAAUCAAAGGACUUUCAGAA